UCUCCUCGGCUUAUCGGCUUAAGUACUGGUUGUCUGCUCCGGCAAUGGCGGCUACUCUUAUCGUCAAGCCCAUAGCUUGCGUCUCCUCUCCUCCGCCACCACUUCCUUCUCCUUAUGCUUCUUCUUUCAGGCUAUGGACGCCAUUCCUCAGAGGCGGAAGAGGAAUUUUCUCUUCUACACUCGGUAACCACUACUUCCUCCACAGCCGGAGUUAUUCAUCCUCUCCGUUUUCAUCUCUCACCGGUGUCAGUUCCAUCGCUACUGAUCCCAAUCGUACUGCUCGGUUUGACAGCCAGGAAUCUGAGAAUGACCCCAUUUCCAUAUUCAACGAAAGGAUUCUUCGGGAGCAAUCCACGAAACGAGCUUCAGGGAGACCGAACCACAUAUCUGAUUCCAAUUCCAGUGCCAAUGUAACGAAUGAAGAGGUUGACAAGUACAUCCAGCUGGUGAAACAACAGCAACAAAGGGGAUUGCGGGAAUUGAAAAAAGGUCAUUUGAUUACAAUGGGUGCUUCUACUGAUGCUGAGGCUGGUUACAGUUAUAAGGUUGAUCCUUUCACUCUUGAAGAAGGUGAUUAUGUUGUUCAUAAGAAAGUUGGAAUAGGUCGUUUUAUAUCAAUCAGACCUAGCAUUCCCGAGGGCUCUACUGCCCCAAUUGACUACGUAUACAUACAGUAUGCUGACGGAGUGGCUAAGCUCCCUGUUAAGCAAGCCUCUCGAUUCCUAUAUCGCUAUAAUCUUCCAAAUGAAAACAGAGCGCCUCGAGGUUUGGGCAGACUGAAGGACACAAGUGGGUGGGAGAAGAGAAGGAUCAAAGGGAAAGUUGCUGUUCAGAAGAUGGUUGUUGAUUUGAUGGAGGUGUAUCUAAACAGAUUAAGACGGAAGAGGCCUCCAUACCCAAAGAAUCCGGGAAUGGCUGAAUUUGUUUCUCAAUUUCCUUAUGAUCCCACGCCUGAUCAGCAACAGGCCUUUAUUGAUGUUGAGAAGGAUUUGACAGAGAGAGAAACUCCAAUGGAUAGAUUGAUCUGUGGAGAUGUCGGCUUUGGCAAGACUGAAGUUGCUCAACGUGCCAUCUUUUGCGUGGUUUCAGCUGGGAAGCAGGCCAUGUUAUUAGCACCCACCAUUGUUUUGGCUAAACAGCAUUUUGGUGUUAUCUCAGAGAGAUUUUCCAAAUACCCUGACAUCAAGGUUGGGAUUAUGAGCAGAUAUCAGACCAGAGCAGAGAGGGAGGAGUAUUUUCAUAUGAUCGAACAUGGGCAUCUGGAUAUUAUUGUUGGAACUCACUCGCUUCUUGGCAGCCGUGUCGUGUAUGAUAGAUUAGGUCUUCUAAUUGUUGAUGAAGAACAGAGGUUUGGUGUCAAACAGAAGGAGAUGAUUGCUUCAUUUAAAACUUCAGUUGAUGUUCUUGCUCUUUCUGCAACACCCAUACCAAGAACCCUCUAUUUAGCAUUAACUGGGUUUCGUGAUUGCAGCUUGAUCUCAACACCACCUCCUCAAAGAGUUCCAGUAAAAACCCAUCUUUCAGAGUAUAGUGAGGAAAAGGUUAUAUCCGCAAUCAAAUAUGAGCUGGAUCGUGGAGGCCAGGUUUUCUAUGUUUUACCUCGUAUUCAAGGUCUUGAAGAGGUGCUGUCAUUUCUUGAGAAGUCAUUUCCGGAUGUUGAAAUUGCCAUUGCUCAUGGACAGCUAUAUUCAAAACGGUUGGAGAAAAUCAUGACAAGAUUUGUAGAUGGAGAAAUCAAGAUUCUAAUUUCCACAAAUAUAGUUGAGAGUGGGCUUGACAUUCAAAAUGCUAACACCAUCGUAAUCCAGGACUUUCAGCAAUUUGGGCUUGCACAGCUGUAUCAGUUGCGUGGAAGGGUGGGAAGGACAGAUAAGGAAGCUCACGCUCAUCUAUUCUAUCCUAAUAAGUUGUUACUUUCUCCAGAAGCAAAGAAAAGGUUGACAGCUCUCGAAGAAUGUAGUGACCUUGGUCAAGGCUUACAACUUGCAGAAAGAGACAUGGCUAUAAGGGGAUUUGGUGAUAUUUUUGGUGUGCAACAAACAGGGGAUAUUGGCAACGUAGGCAUUGAUCUGUUCUUUGAAAUGCUUUUUGAGAGCUUAUCGAUGGUUGAUGUACAUCGAACUCGUCCAGUUCCUUACGAAUCAGUCAAGCUUGAAUUGGAUAUAAAUCCUCGUCUCUCUUCAGAGUACAUAAAUUAUCUGGACAACCCCAUAGAAGUAGUUAAUGAUGCAGAGAAAGCUGCGGAAAAAGACACCUGGAGCUUGGUGCAAUUUACAGUUGAUCUGCGGAGGCAGUAUGGAAAAGAGCCUUACGCCAUGGAAGUUUUACUGAAAAAACUUUACGUGAGGAGAAUGGCAGCAGAUAUUGGGAUCACCACAAUCUACAUCAUGGGAAAAACCGUGGGAAUGAAAACAAACAUGGGGGAACAGGUGUUCAAGAUGAUAACAGAAGCCAUGCUCUCAGAUGUUCACCGCAACAUGCUUGCCUUUGAAGGAGACGAAAUUAAGGCGGAAUUACUUAUCGAUCUACCAAGAGAUCAGCUCCUUACUUGGAUCUUCCAUUUGUUAGCCGAAAUUCAUUCUGCAUUACCGACCCUUAUAAGAUACUAAAGGAGCGGUAUGUUCACCAGAAGCAAUCAAGAUGGUGCAUAAGCAAGCAGCUCGGUAUGGAACCUAACCUAACUUAACCUAACUGAACCUAACUGUUUCUGUCGUGUAGAUUAAACCCGAACCCAUAUAAUGAUGCUGCAACUAUACCACUAGUAGGGGGUGUAUGCACACAGCCCACAUACCCUUUUAGACAGGGUUGGGCAUGAUUCAUGUUGAUGAUGGUGGAGUAUACAUGAACAUGAUAUUUCU